AUAUGAAAUUCAUAUUUAAACAUUUGGAAUGAAGACAUUUUAAAGAUGAACCUUGUGCACCUACUUGUUUCAUAACACUGUGAAUGGAUUAAAGAAGACACGUUUCCGUUUGGCUCGGAGCUAACAGAACACGCCUAUGUACGAAAUGCUUUAAGUGGGAAAGACAAACUUUGCAAGCAAUGGCUUCAUAUAGCCCUAAACUGUUAGAAAAGAAAUACAAUAACUGGGUUAAAGCUCAGUUAGCUGUGUUGUUUACUAAAGAAGGAGUUGAACCUUUUGUUUGUAAUGAAAUCCAACACUUUCAAUUAAAAUGUUUACAUGAUAUAUGUUACCUAAAUGGCUUACCAAGUGGGACUUGUUGUUCAGGUUGUUAUACGGAAAAUCUUGUAAAGUGUCCUACAGCUAGAUUAUGUAAUGUUGGGCGUGGGAAAUCGUGCAGUUAUCAUCGAAAUGUCACAACACAGUACAAUUCUUCUGGCUGUCCUAACAAGAUAUGUCAUAAUUUCAAAACUGAAAUACAGAAUGCACAUAGAUACAACGGUCCGUCGUACAAAAACACAGAUGCUACCAAGUGGUGCAGUAAUUCCUGGGAAGUUGCGAAAUGCUUCAUGCCCCCAGAUGGGUAUAAAGACAAGGCAUCUGCAACAGAAACAGACUUCAAUGGGAUAAUCAGCGUUAUCCUUAAUCACAAAGACUUCCAGGGAAAAGUACAGGAAAACCUCAAUAAUAAGAUAAACAUAUUUGAAGAGGCAAGAGAAAUUGGAAGACAUGUUCGCCAUUCAUCAAAACUUGAAGUGGAAGAUCCAGAUCUUCAGAAAUAUUUCAAAAUAUUACAGCAUCUACUUUCUGACCCCGUGUAUUUAGCUACUGACACGCAUGCGCAGAAUGCAAAACAGAAACUUAUACAGUUGGAAAAUGACACUCUUGUCAUUGGUAAAGAUGAUGUCAGGAAAGUACUAGAUGAUGUGGCAACAGCACUUCAAGACAAGAUGAAGUCUGGGUUAGAUGAUCAAUAUGACAAAAUUAAACAAGAAAUGAUUAGAAGAAAACAAGAAGAUCUUCUAUCUCUUGAGUCUCAAACUGAUGCUGCUUUGAAAAGAGUAAAUGACGAAGGGGACAAAGAAGUUGAUAUGAUUCAAAAAGAAGGAGAUAAAGAACGAAAAGAUCUGGCAGAAUUAGGAGAGACGUUACAAAAUGAACUGAAAACAGCAACUAAAGCCGAGAAAGAAGAACAAUAUAUUGAUUCUAAACAAAUCAGUGAAGUGUCGUUGCUAAGGCCGUCACAAAGCACUAGCAGCUUUACGGUGCCACAGACAUUGGUUGCCACGGUCAAUUUUGAAUUUUGAUAAAAUGCCUAAAUGAUAAGGUAGCCUUCGUUCAGUCCAAUUUUGAUAUUUAAUAAAUGUUAUAUAAAAUUUGUGUACUCGAUCUUUUAUUCGUCAACGGCCCACUCUUAGAGCAAAUUUUUAUUGGCGAUUUGCCUUUAUUUCCAAAAUAAAAAUAUAUAAAAGUUUACAAAAAAAUACAUUUAAACAAAGAACGUGAGACUCAGCAAAUGAUAUAGAACAGAACAAACUAACAUGUGUGCCGUUUAAUUGAUGGGCUGCUUUAUUUUGUUUGGACCUGUUCCCUUCUAUAUCAUUCUUCACUUAUAACCUGAGAUUAGCUCAUAUAACUGUAUGUUUCAUUACGGGGUCUGAUUGUGUCCAUAUUGUAUGGCUCAUAUGGGGUUGUUUUGAGGGAACUAGUAUUUAUCCUUAUUGGCCUUAAUUUGUCCAACAUUGUGUUGGCUCAUAUUGGACAGGUAAAUAUAAAACAAGGCACAUCUAAUUGGGCUUCAUAAUGUCCAAUCUCAGGUUAUUUGCUAGCAUCAUCUCACAAAAAGUAAUAUAUGUACAAAAAGAGAAAUCAUUACAAAUGAUACUUAAAUUGAUUGACUUUUUUAUUUAAAUAGAGUAUUAUUACUUUGUUUUCAGAGAAAUAGAACCUACAUGGUUUGACUCAUAUUCAAGUUAUAUAAGUUAUAUUAAUUUAAAGUUGAUUAACAAAGUCCCGAAUCUGAGUCA